AUGUUCCAAGUCUCGAAAUACGUCGAGGUCUCGAUCCUCAUUUCUCUCGGUGGGAUUCUUUUCGGUCUUGAUACGGGCACUAUAGGGCCUAUAACCAGCAUGCCUCAAUUCAGCGACAGCCUGGGCACCCUCACCUCUACCGUCCGCGGCCUGGUCGUCUCCACGAUCCUGAUCACCGCAGCGCUAUCGUCGUUCUUCGGCGGGCAUGUCGCUAAUUUGGUCGGUAGGCCCAGAGCCGUCGCUGUAGGAGGUGGGAUCUUCGGGCUGGGUGCUGCGGUGGAGAGCGCGAGUGUUAGACUGGGCAUGUUGUUUGCGGGGAGAGCGGUGAAGGGUAUCGGCGAGGGGCUGUUCUUGAGUACCGUUAUUGUGUAUAUCACGGAAAUAUCACCGCCGCGCUCCAGAGGGACGCUGGCAUCUAUUCCGCAGCUUAUGAUUGCAUUAGGGAUUUGCACAGGGUAUUUUGUCUGCUAUGGCAGUGUGAAGAUCUCAUCGUCACUUUCCUGGCGUCUGCCCUUUGCUCUGCAAGCUCUCGUCGCAUUGAUUUUCACGGUCUCUGUUCUUCUUUUUUCGCCUCAAAGUCCCCGCUGGUUGACAGGGUGUGGGAGGCAUGAAGAGGCCCUUGCUGUAUGGGAAAAGCUCGGCAUAGGAGCCGCAGAGCGAGAGAAGAGUGAAGAAAAUGCCAACUCCACCGUACCGGAGCCAGUUGGGAUGAAAGAUCUUCUUGCUGUAUUCGGGAAGGAUGUCUGGAGACAGACGGCCCUCGGAGCGUUUCUGAUGGGCAUGCAGCAACUGAGCGGCAUCGAUGGUGUCCUUUACUACGCGCCCCUCCUUUUCCAAUCCGCCGGCUUGAAAAGCAGCACCGCUUCCUUCCUCGCCUCCGGCGUCUCCGCCCUCCUCAUCCUCCUCAUCACCAUCCCCGCCAUCCUCCUCGCCGACCGCUGGCGCCGCACCACGUCCACCAUUGUCGGCGGCCUUUUGCAAGCCUGCUGCAUGCUGACCAUGGGCUGCCUCUACGCCUCCGGCAGCGUGCACGCCUCGCACGGCGCCGCCCGCUGGGCCGUCAUCGUCAUGAUCUACCUGUUCACCGCCGUCUUCAGCGCCACCUGGGCUGUCGGCUUCCGCGUCUACGUCUCGGAGAUACAGCCCAGCCGCACGCGAGCCGGCGCCGCAAGCCUGAGUCUAUCCGCAAACUGGAUUGUGAACUGGAUCGUGGCGUUUACGACCCCCAUCUUCCUAGCGCAUUCUUCGUGUGGCGUGUAUUUCCUAUUUGGCGGCGCCUCGCUCCUAGUCGUCGCAGUCUGCGUCUUGUUUAUGCCGGAGACCCGGGGCAUGAGCCUCGAGGAUAUCGCGGCGUCUUUUCAGCGGAAAAGCCGCGUUACCGACGGAGUUGAGCUUCGGGAUGGUGAUCCCUCUAUUGAUUCUCCUGGGUUAAGGGAGGGCCAUGGCGUGUCCUCAUCCUUGUUGGUGUGA